AUGGACGCGUUGCAGUUUGAUCCCAAGAUACACUUCCCGCAGGUCAAGAUCAUAUUAGACGAUCCUGAACACGAAGGUUGGAAGACACUCCUCAGCUUGGCUUCCGACGGUAUCGAUGGGCCGUUCAGCGAGGAGGACGUUCUCGAGCAUGCCCGCAGAGAUGACCCUGCGCGUAUUGCUCUUAUUUAUUUCACAUCCGGCACCACAUCCGGUGCACCAAAGGGCUGCCCUCGGCGUGUGGAUGCGCCCUCGCUUGGGAUGGAAGCCAAUCCCUGGAACUUGAAGGCCCAGGGUAACGAUCGAGAGCGUUUGUUACUGUCAACACCGAACUAUCGCGUGAUUUGCCCGACAGUCACGAUGAUGACCUGGAAGGCGGGUGGCGCGCUUGUCGUACCGUCGCCUCCACCUGUGCCAGGUACAAGUAAUACCACCGGCAUGCUGGACGCUGUUGAGCAACACAAUGUUACGAUGAUGGUGCUCAUUCCGGUCUUUAUGCAUCUCAUGCUUGCGGAGUCAUCCUUUGCGGCCAGAGAUCUAAGCUCACUUAACGUUGUCUAUCUUGGGGCCGAUCUCAUCACUAAGAAAGACCUCUUCACGCUCAGGAAGGCAUUCAAUCAUUGCCGAACAGGCGUUGCCUAUGGCAUGACCGAAGUCGGUUGUGUGACCAGAUGGCCCUUCUUUGACCGGUUCCUCGAUAAACUUCCAUACAGCCACGAUGUAUGUCCGGUUGGCGUCCCUGCGGCUGGUGUUCGAUUACGCAUUUGGGACGAAGGCCGCAAACGAGUUGUCCACAGAGGGGAGAUGGGCGAACUGUCCUUCGAUUGCGGUAUUGCGGCGCGCAAGUACCUCGACAACGUGAAGUCAGAGAGCUUCUUCUCCGGCGAGAGUGGCAGGGAAUGGUUCCGCACCGGCGACCUUGCUUUCGUGGACCAGAACGGCGUGCUCUUCAUCAAAGGCCGCAUGAAGGAUAUCAUCAAGCGGGCCGGCUUCUCCAUCAGCCCUUCGGCGGUUGAGGCCAGCAUCGGUAGCCUCACAGGAGUAAAGACAGUGUUGAUUGCAUCGCCAUCUUCACAGCUUGGACAAGAACCUUUCGCUGUGCUUGAAAGACAGACAUGUAAGGCGGAAGAGGCGUUCAAGGCGCAUGUAGUUGAGAUGUUUGGCACAGAAUGCUCGCUUGCUGGUGCCGCUUCGCUCGCGGAUCUCGGGCUGAAGGCUUUCCCAAUCAACCGAACGGCCAAAGUGGAAAAGUUUGCGUUGGAAAAGAGAGUUCUUGAGCUCCGGAGCAAGGCCUCUGCAUAG